CCCGCGUCCUCGCAGAUGCUGGGCGCCUGCAGUCCUGCCUUGGUCUGCCAGUCGUCGGGGCUGGGGCCAAACGGAGAGAUGGGUCACUGCCUGUUGCUGCUGCUGCUGCUGGUCCUGUCCUCACAGCUGGGCUUCCUACAAGCUCUACCGUGUUUCCAGUGUCCACGAGUCAACGCCAGCGGGGUUUGCGAGACUGGGGAAAGUGUCUGCGAGACUCAGGGCAGCCAGCGGUGCUUCCUGAGGAAGGUCUACGAAGAUGACACCCUUUCAUAUGGAUACCAAGGUUGUAGCAGUGUGUGUUUCCCUUUGAUGCUCUUUAAUCCGGCUGUUACUUUGGAGGAGAGAUGUUGUAAUGACUCACCUUUCUGCAACAAGUUCUAAAGAUGGGGCCCAGCUUUGCCCUGAGCUGGUGGAUAAAGCUGACUCAACAUACCUUUCAACUCUCAUGAGCUUUAAGACUACGUGCACUGAAUAGGGGGGGAAAUCGCAAACUAGGUCUGUGUCAGGCCCAGCCACCUUUUCUCUUCCUCUUUAUGAGAUGCCACUGGGAUAUUUUAAAAUCAAACCGGGGUGAAGAGUGGUGGGCAUAGGUGGGUCCAGGCGUGCCUUCUUCCUUUCGAGGACCACACUGAUUUGCACUUUAAAAAGGCAAGGUCUGGGUUUUGUGAUUCUGCGUGGUUCUGGAGGCAGCCAGCUGAAGGAAGAGGGAGAGUCCUGAGAUGCUGAAAAGGAUAGGAAAUGAGGUGGCCAUAAAUGAUGCAUUAGUUGGUGUAGGCGGGCUGCUGUGACAAAAAUCUCUGAAAUGGCGGUGUCCUAAAACAAUAAAAAAUGAAUGCUCACCCAUGGCA